CUUUCUUCCCCUGCAGCUUGGCACCGCCGGAACUGCCAGGGCUCAAUGCUAUGGGAUGCUGAGCGCUUGGCAAGACCUUGAGCCCUUUCCGCCCAAGAGGAGGCUGCCAUAGCUUGGAGCCGUGGGAGAGAAAGUAGUGCCUGUCCGUGGGUCCGCGCCCGUUUGCCUUGGGGGCGGCGGCCCGACUGCGGCAAGAGCUUCUGGCCGGGGCGGCUCCGCCUCCGCCUCCUCCUUCCUCCCUUCUUUCCUCCCAGGCAGGUUGACCGGCAGCAAGAAGGAAGGAAAGGAGGCAGGCAGGCAGGCGAGCGAGCUGCGCUGGGCUCCCGGCUUGGCGAACUCCCUCCACCACCAUGAGUGGCCCAGGAGCCCUGGCUGAGAUGCCUCGACAGUUCCCCAGGCUGAGCAUUUCUGAGGUCGAUGAGUCAGUGCGACUUCUAGCUGAAAAGGUUUUUGCCAAAGUUCUUCGAGAAGAAGACAGCAAAGAUGCCUUAUCACUCUUUUCUGUGCCUGAAGACUGCCCUAUUGGGCAAAAGGAGGCCAAAGAGAGAGAGCUGCAGAAAGAAAUGGCAGAACAACAGUCUUUGGAGACAGCCAAAAGGAAGAAAAGUUUCAAGAUGAUUCGAUCCCAGUCCUUGUCAUUACAAAUUCCAUCGCAGGAAUGGAAACCUCCAUCAGCCACUCCAGCUGUGUCUCCUCCUACUCCAGUUUGUCCAGGUGCUCUACAGACCAUCCAAGGGACAUACGAUGUGCCAGAAUUUCAAAGAGUUGCAAUUAGUGGGGAUUACUGUGCUGGGGUUAGUGUUGAUGAUUACGAACAGGCUGCCACAAAUUUAGCAAAAGCUCUGCUUAUUCGGGAACAGUAUUGCCGCCUUGCUUGCCAUCGCUUUCCAAGGACAACAGCACAAUAUUUAUACACAAUGAGAAAUGAAAAAUGGAAAAUUGAAGAUGAGGUACUCCCAGAUUUCCAUCCACCACCAAAAGAACUUCAGGAUCCUUAUAAUCUUGAUGAUUCUCCUGGGAACUUGGAUUAUGUUUUAAAAAUGAAGGAGGGUGUUGUCUUCGUUUAUGAAAACAAAGAAAUGAUGGAACUCGAUAAGCCAUGGAGUUUGCCUUAUCCUGAUCUUCAGACAUAUACUCUCAACCUAAGUCAUGUGCUGGCUCUCAUUGCUGACGGCCCAACGAAAACAUACUGCCACAAGCGACUUAAUUUUCUAGAAUCUAAAUUUGGUUUACAUGAAAUGUUAAAUGAAAUGUCUGAACUUAAAGAACUGAAGACUAAUCCCCAUCGGGAUUUUUACAAUGUGAGAAAGGUUGAUACUCAUAUCCAUGCUGCUGCCUGCAUGAAUCAGAAACAUUUGCUGAGGUUCAUUAAACACACUUAUCAAACGGAGCCCAACAGAAUAGUUGGCGAGAAAAAAGGCAAGAAGAUGACUUUGAAACAGGUGUUUGAAUGUCUCCACAUGGAUCCCUAUGACCUCACCGUAGAUUCAUUAGAUGUUCAUGCAGAUCGCCAGACAUUUCAUCGAUUUGAUAAAUUUAACUCCAAAUACAAUCCAGUUGGUGCAAGUGAGCUGAGAGACUUGUAUUUGAAAACAGAGAAUCAUCUUGGUGGUGAAUACUUUGCUCGUAUGGUGAAGGAAGUUGCCCGGGACCUAGAAGAGAGUAAAUACCAGUACACAGAACCCCGGCUGUCUAUUUAUGGACGUUCUCCAGAUGAAUGGCAGAAUUUGGCUAAAUGGUUCAUUAGACACAAAGUUUAUUCACCUCAUAUGCGCUGGAUGAUUCAAGUCCCUAGAAUCUAUGAUAUAUUUAGGUCAAAAAACCUUCUGCCUAGUUUUGGAAAAAUGCUGGAAAAUAUCUUCUUACCCUUGUUUGAGGCAACGAUCAACCCCUUGGAUCAUAAAGAGCUUCAUCUCUUCCUCAAAUAUGUUACAGGGUUUGAUAGUGUGGAUGAUGAAUCUAAGCACAGUGACCACAUGUUCACUGAGAAGAGCCCCAAUCCUGAUGUUUGGACUAGUGAAAAGAACCCUCCGUAUAGUUAUUACUUGUAUUACAUGUAUGCAAACAUCAUGGUUCUCAACAAUCUUAGAAAAGAGAGAGGUAUGAGCACUUUUCUGUUUCGGCCUCAUUGCGGAGAAGCUGGAUCAAUCACUCACCUGGUGUCAGCCUUUCUCACUGCAGACAAUAUUUCCCAUGGAUUACUCUUGAAGAAGAGUCCAGUUCUCCAGUAUCUUUAUUAUCUUGCACAAAUCCCCAUUGCCAUGUCCCCUCUGAGCAACAACAGCCUGUUCCUGGAGUAUUCAAAAAACCCAUUACGAGAAUUUCUACACAAGGGACUUAUUGUUUCACUCUCAACAGAUGAUCCUAUGCAGUUCCACUAUACAAAGGAAGCACUGAUGGAAGAAUAUGCUAUAGCAGCUCAAGUAUGGAAACUGAGCACUUGUGACUUGUGUGAAAUAGCAAGGAACAGUGUUCUACAAAGUGGUUUGUCACAUAAGGAGAAACAGAAAUGUUUAGGAGUAAAUUAUUGCAGUGAGGGGCCUGAAGGAAAUGACAUUCGGAAGACAAAUGUUGCACAGAUUCGAAUGGCUUACAGAUACGAGACCUUAUGUAACGAGCUGAGUUUCCUGUCCGAUGCGAUGAAAACAGAAGAGAUCACUGCACUCUCAAAGUAGUCACAGCUACAAAACCAAUUAAUUUUGCACAACUGCCAGGACAGAAGCAUAUGAACACAUGAGAGAAUUUGAGUUUUUGCAACAGUGAAAGCUGUCUGGUGUACAGAAAGAUUGAUUCAUCAGACUUGCAGGAAAGCCAGUUUCUGCCAGCGCUUGGCUUAGGUAGCACUCCUGUGUAUAUAUAGAUAUAUAUAGAUGCAAGCUCACAACUGUAUUCUUUGUGCUGCUUUUGCAUUUUGAAGUGCACUCUGAAUCUAGUAUUGAAUAUUUAUAGAGUUUUCAUUUAGGAUAUGUAACAUGCUUUGAAAUUAAUGGUGUUGGGGACAACAGCAUUUGGUAGCUUACAUGUACCUCUUUUGCCGCGCAUAGUGGCAGGCAAAGAUCUAAGGCACUUUAAACUGUAAUCUCUAGUUAGAUUCCAGAUCAGUGACUGUAGACUGUACUGUAGUGCCCCCAUUCCAUGGUGGAGGAUAUUUAGCAAAAAUGACAAUUCAUUUUGGAAAGUAAAGGAAUAUGACCAAAGAGCUGCAUGGGUUUUUUCCUGGUUGCACAUUAUAGGAAAAUUUAUUCAGCAGUAUACAUGGACUGUGUUUUGAUUUUCCCCUCCCGUUUCAUCAUAAUGUCAUGAUAAUUCAUUUUAUAGCUUUGUGGAACCUUUUGUAACUUUUUUGUGAAUGCUUGCUAUCAUUAUAAGAUUGUGUUGAUCCACAGUUAAGUUUUGCGGUGUUGCGCUGGGUUCGACCUUGGGAUAAUCACAUCACUGCCAUGGUGACAAGCCUUAGAAUCUAUAUGCUAGUUGCAUUUUCAAUGUGCAGCCUUGAAAAUGAGCAUAUUUUUUCCACAUACUUCUCCUGGGUGCUGUGAAGUUUCAGGAGAUGUUUCUUUGUGAUUACUGAAGAACUGUGAUAUUUUUGUAGCAUUUAUUUGUUUACAGAUUUGUAGAUUGAACUGGUUUUUGUUGAAAUUUCAAGCAGGCACAAAAAUGGCAGAUCUAAUUUUAUAACCUCACUAGCCAAAACAGCCUCAAGGAUAUUUGUCACAAGCAUAUUCCAAAACACAACUUUUUUCCUGGUCAGUCAAACCACCAUGUACAUUGGUGUGAUAUUCCUAUUUCGUUUUGAUUGGCCAUUUAUUAAUCAACAAUAAUUAAAGGUCAAGACAUAUCACAGUUAAAGAGGUGCUUCUGCAGAAGGAUUGUAUGACUCAUACCAUUGUUGUGUGCAUUCAAGUUGUUUCUAAUUUACAGUGACCGUAAGAUGAACCUACUGUGAAGUUUUCUUUGGCCAGAUUUGCUCGGAGAUGGUUUCACAUUGCCUUCCUCUGAGGCAGAGAAAGUCACCCAGUGGAUUUCCAAAGCUGAGCGGGGAUUUAAAUUCUGGAGUCUUUGAACAUAUUAUAAGAUUACUUGACUCACUGCACAGCUAAGUAGAAAGCAGUCAGAAAAGAGGAAUACUGCAUUACAAGUGGAUUGGCUCAGUCAAGGAAGCCGUGGUCCUGAGUUUGCAAUAUGUGAGUGGAAUAGUUGCUGACCAGGGAUCCUUGUUUAUAAUGUUGCCAUAAGUCGAAGUUAACCUGGCCGCAGCUAAUUCCUGGAGCUCGGUUCCAAAACUAGCCAUUGUAUCACGUUGGCUCUCUAUGAUCCCUAACAAUUACAUAAACAGGCAUGUAAGUGAAUUAGAAACGUUGUUUGCUUUAUCUUCGCUUUGGUUGAAUAAUAAAAAAACAUUUUACCUGGUAGUUUCUUUAUGGCAUAAAACCACGACAACCAGAAUUCAUGAUCAGAGGAGUUUAAAAAUCAACUAUUCUAUUUGAAUUUUGUCCACUGAACUAAAUUAUAUAUUUUGUGUUCUGUCUCAAUGAGUAUCGUGGUAUGAUGCUCUGAAUUUCCAUUCUUCACAAGAUUAAAACGUGAGAAUAAUCUUUAAUCAUAUCUCAUGUUGGCAUGUCUGAUUGUUCAUAUGAAACACGUCUGUUCCUGUAACCAAGAUGUUUACACUCUUGAAUGACUCUCAGUUUUGUUGGGAAAGAAGAAUAUAAGUACACCAAUGUAAUACAAUUAUGAGUUUCCCCCCAAAAAAUGUAUGACACAAAAAGUAGUGUAUACUCUUGUGUGCAUCUUGUGUGCAUCUGUACAUCAUUGUGCUCUGUGUUGAUUUAAAAACCACUUACAUAGCACUUGAAAAAUAUAUUAUAAAAUUAAAGAUAAUGGUACCAACUCAGAGUUGGUGAUUUGAUGAGGUGGAUAAAAACUAAAUUGGUUUUUCUUGCCAUGAGCAGGCCUUUAUAACUGUACGAAAGCUACAGAGGCUUGAAUCCUGUUAUAUAUGUAUGUGCCUUCAAAUUGCCUGGUGACCCCAUGAAUUUUUCUUAAAAUUUCCUAAAAUAAGGAAUACUCAGAGGUGAUUUUGCUUCCAUUUGAAAUAUAGCCUGUAGCACUUUGUGGUCUCCCAUCCAAGUACUAUCCAGGACUAUCCCUGCUUAACUCCAAGAUAGCACAGGAUCCAGUGCCUUUGGGGUAUUUAGGCCCCUGAAUCCUGUUGGAUAGUCCCAAACAAAGUAGUCCAUUGAAUGAACAGUUGAAUGGCGAAUCAGCACACAGGAAAAACCCAUUGAUUCAAUGUUUCUACUCCAUUUGGGACUAAUAGCAUUCAGGUUAAGAGUUGUCAGUUUUUUAAUUGCUUCUGAUCUAACUGCUUAAUUAUGUAGUUGUGUGAAUAUGCUCUGGAAAAUAUUUUGCACAGUGAUAUGUAUAAUUGAGUGUUACCAUGAUUGUUAAUAUAAUUUGAUUUUAUGAAUGCAAGGAAUUUUCAUUAGAUGGUUUUGACCCAAGUGACAAAUACAGUUCUUUUGUUCUGUUGAGAGCAGUUUUUGAUUACAGUUGUCCUUCCACAUUUUCAGGUUUAACUUUCACAGAUGUGAUUAUUGGUGGAUUGUUUAGUGCCACCUCCAUGGUGACCCACACAAUUUUUAAUGAGAAAUUUUAUCCAGAGUCCAUUUUGAAAUGUAUUAAGUUACAUCAGGCUUAAUCAAUAGUGAAAACGUUGGUUGUUGGGAGAAAAUCAAACUGGCAGGAUUGCUGAGCACAGCCACAUACCUGUUCAUUCAUUCACUCAUGCAGGCAUUAAAAAAGGAGAAGGGAAGAUUCACACGUUUCAUCACUCACUCUUCUUCUUGGGAGGAGAGCAAUGACCAAUCUCGAUAGAAUAGUGAAGAGUAGAGACAUCACACUGGCAGCGAAGAUCUGCAUAGUCAAAGCAAUGGUAUUCCCCGUAGUAACCUAUGGAUGUGAGAGCUGGACCAUAAGGAAGGCUGAGUGAAGGAAGAUAGACAUUUUUGAACUCUGGUGUUGCAGAAAAAUUCUGAGAGUGCCUUGAACGGCAAGAAGAUCCAACCAGUCCAUACUUCAGGAAAUAAAGCCCAAAUGCUCAUUGGAGAGAAGGAUAUUAGGGGCAAAGAUGAAGUACUUUGGCCACAUAAUGAGCAGACAGGAAAGCUUAGAGAAAACAAUGAUGCUUGGGAAAAUGGAAGGAAAAAGGAAGAGGGGCCGACCAAGGGCAAGAUGGAUGAAUGGUAUCCUUGAAGUGACUGGCUUGACUCUGAAGGAGCUGGGGGUGGCGAUGGCCAACAGGGAGCUCUGGCGUGGGCUGGUCCAUGAGGUCAUGAAGAGUCAGAAGCGACCGAACAAUAAACAACAACAACAAUCACUCACUCAUCUACAUGGCCUGCUGGGAAGGGGAUGGGGGGGGCGUGAAGAGAGAGAGUGGGUAGUGUGAAGAGGGAGCUGGGAUCCCUAAGGUGGGAGGGCAAGGACAGCAUCCUUGCCUUGUGCCUCACAGAUAUUCAUACCAACCAUUCUCCCUUCUUCCACUUUUCCUGCCCCAUUCUCUUCCCACCCAACACAUGAAGAGCCAGACCCAGACAUCCUGCCAGUACAGGUUUGUGUGUUAAAUAUGAUUUGGAGAUAUUUUUAGAUUUUCACUUUCACAGGAUCCUGGAUCCCUAACCCCUGCAAAAGUGAAAGGCCAACUAUAAUUCAGUUUGAAGAAUCAGGAGCUGUAUCCACUGAGUCUCUGCAAAGACAGUUUACAGGUUUGAAGGGCCAGUCAUUUCUUAGGGUGUAGCAGAAAAAAUGAGUCAUAAAGUAAGUUCGUUUCUUUCUUGGUUUAUUAGAUUACUGUCAGUUUUGAUGGUUCUAAAUUUGUUUCUUAGUCUGUUAGAAUACACCUGUUAAAUAAAUGAUACAUAUGCAAGAGUUGAUUUUCCAGGCUCCAGUUCAUUCAGUUAAUCUAAUCUAGUUGGAUUUAGACCAGUGUCUGUUGCGUAGGAAUUCCAUAUUUUUUUUAAUCAAGAUUGAAUGUGCAUGAGGAAAAAUACUAGCUGUAAGCACAACUGUCUAGAAGUAAUUCUUCUAAACUAUAUAUUAUUCUUAAAUCAAUAAUUUUUUAAUCUUGCUCGAUCCAGUGGCAAAAGGCGACUUCUUUUCACUAAGCUUCUGUUUCUACUAUUCUUCAUCUAUCAUAUUCAGAAUAGUAAUUCUAAGGGUCCUUCCACACAGCCCUCUAUCCCAGAAUAUCAAGGAAAAAUCCCACAUUAUCUGACUGUGGACUCUGAUAACCCAGUUCAAAGCAGAUAUUGUGGAGUUAUCUGCCUUGAUAUUCCGGGAUAUAGAGUUGUGUGGAAGGGCCCUAGGAUUCUUGUUUUGCCUCUUCAAUUUAAACUAUUAAAGCUAGUUUAAUCAUAUUAUAAAAACAAUUAAAAUGAUUUCUCUCAACUCUUAAUUGAAAUGGAUUUGCUGUAUGGUAUGGAGAAACAUUAGUUAUGUAAUUAAAAGAAAGCAAGCACUAAAAAAUCCAUCUCAACUCUUGAAUCUCCCCUUGCUCAUUUGAGGUAUUUUAUACUGAUAUAGCUUCAUUUAUUGAAUUGUAUACGAGAUGCAACCUUUUAUACUUUCCUUGCACAGUAUUACCUAAAUGGGUUUAGGGUGGCUUCAUUGGGUUAAGUUCAGUGUUAUACAGUAUGAGCUGCUUGCACCACUGUGAUGGACUUAAGGGAUUUCUUUCCCUUCCUUCUACAGUCCUUGGUGCCACUUAAAAAUGGGCUCUGUAGGGUUUUCUAGCACUCCUGAGCACAUUCAUGAGGUACAUUGACAGGUUGCAAUGGGGGAAAGAACGUCGUUGCCUUCUAGUCAAAGCAGUUCUAUGAUCGAAUGUACCUUGAUGGAUUCUAACCAUUCUGUCUUCCAUGAGGCUGGGUGCACAAAAACAAUGUAUUCCUUUCAUUUCCUUUCUUCUACUUUUCUGUUUGCACAAAUUUGUUAGAAACCAUAAAAAUAAAUCUUAGUUCUCCCAAGAUAAUUUGUAACCAAAUGUUUUUGAUUUUGAUUCUCUUUAGAAUGAGCUGGUGUACCUGUAAUGCUCUGUAUGGCAUCCUGACUAAGUACUGUACUUCCCUUUUUACCAAGAAACCUGAGAUGUACAAGGCUAUCCCAUACAUGUAUAUUCAGCAGCAGGAUCUAUUUAGGAUUAGUUGUGUUAGACAAGAAGAUGGCACUAGAAGGUCGUCAUUAAGUAUUGGAAGGGAUUGGCUUGGCUCCUUGAAAGUGGCAAUUCAAAUGCUUAAUGCUGUUAGCACACAGUUUUUUCAUUCUCACAAUCUUUAAUAGUAAAGGGUAUGUUUGGCACAGAGAAAGGACUCUUUCUCACAUUUCUGAGUCCGGUUUUCAUUCCUCAGUCCUAUUUUUAGAUAAAACUUGGGAUUGUAUACUGGGAAAUUUGGGCAGCCAUCUUAAGUAUACUUGUGCCUGAGUAAACUUGAUUUAGACUGCACUGCUAGAACAAAUUGCAGAAUUUUUUUGUAAUGAAUGUUGUAUAACAAAGGGAUGCCCAUCCCUUGGACAAUCACUGAAGGCCAAGUAUUUUCUUGAAGAGACACAUCUUUUUAUUUUAGUUAGCUCUGAACAGUCUAGGCUGUUCAGUGUUCUAGGUUACCCCCCCCCCCCCCCCAUUUUAAUAAGUGUUUAUUCCAUAUGACAGUUUUAGGCAUUGGUUCUGUCUGCAGCAUUUGUGUGCUGGAAUGUGAAGCUAUAAACAAUUGACACUUCAGACUUUUUAGUUCACUGGAUUAACAGGCAGUUUAAAGAUUACCUUCGCUUUCAAUAAUGAAAAAAAUAGCUUGUGUUGAAAACUGAUGUAUUAUGCUGUGUAAGAAUUUGGAGAUGUGUAUCAUACAGAAAUAUAUUAAAGUUACAUGAAAUACAUUAAAAA